CUCGCUGGAUUUCCGCUUUCUUCUGCCUGUCUCGCUUCGCCCUGGCAGGAUCGGCGCUGGAUCCCUCGGGAGAGGCUUCUGGAUCCCGUUCCGGACAGGUCUGGCUGCUCCCCCUCCGGCCUGUGGGGCGCCCCUCCCGCCAGGAGAGCUUUUCCCCCCCGCCAGGAGAAAGGAGACCAGUGAGGAUGUGGCCAUGAGCUCCACAGAGGAGAAGGAGCGUUCUUGGAUCGGGACCCACAGACUUUUGGCCCAGGCUCCAUUCUAGAGAAUUUGGAAAUUGUGGCCCAGCUGAAGAAGCAGCUUUGAAGCUGCAUUUCUAAGUUGCAGCAGUGCUGAAGUCCAGUCCUGAGGAAAACAACUGAGACCAAUGAUUUACCUGCAAAACAGCCAUCAGCCCAUAGUAGAAAAUCGGCACAAGGCAGCAGCCGCCAGAAAACAUGGAGCUUGGGAAACUCUUUGAUCCCCCGUCAGACACAAGCAUCACUUCAGAAAACCAAACCAAAAAAACACACUCAGAGCGUGGGAAAUCUUUUGCUUGCCAGUCCCUCCUUUUGACCCACAGGAAGGUCCAUGUGGAAAGUGGAUCCAGUCAAGCUUUGGAGGAUGAGAAAUCCUUCUCUGGAAAAGGUGCCAUAGGUCUGAAAAGCCCUCCCAAAUUAAAACCCCAUAAAUGUCUGGAAUGCGACAUAUGCUUUGGUCAAAAGGCACACCUUCUUACACAUCAGAAAAUCCACACUGGAGAGAAAGAAUAUCAAUGUCUGGAAUGUGGGAUUUUUUUCCGUGAGAAAUCCACCCUCAGAAACCACGAGAGGAUUCACACAGGGGAGAAACCUUACAAGUGUUGGCAAUGUGGGAAGAGCUUUCCUCAGAAUGCAAGUCUUUGGGCCCAUGAGAAGAUUCAUGCAGGAAUAAAAUCUUACAAAUGCUUUGAGUGUGGAAAAUGCUUCAGCCUGAGUUCAACUCUUCGGAAUCAUGAAAAAACACACAGAGGGGAGAAAAAUGUAAAGUGCCUCGAAUGUGGGAAACGUUUUUCCAGUAAAUCACACCUGGUACGACAUCAGAGACUUCACACUGGAGACAGACCCUUUGAAUGCCCAGAAUGUGAGAGACGAUUUAUGUAUUCUUCUGAGCUUCAGAGACACCAGGAAUGGCACAAAGGAGAGCUACCCUAUAAAUGUAUGGAAUGUGGGAAAAGUUUUAUUUCGCCAACCCAUCUUCAGGUUCAUCACAGAUUCCACACAGGGGAGAAGCCAUUCAAAUGUGGGGAGUGUGGGAAAUGCUUUUCCCAAAAACAACACCUUGUAAAACAUCAGAGACUCCACACAGGAGAGAAGCCACACAGAUGCCUAGAAUGUGGGAAAUGUUUUGGACAGAAGGGAGGCCUUUGGGCACAUCAUAAAACCCACACAGGGGAGAAGCCACAUCAAUGCAACGAAUGUGGAAGAUUUUAUAGUACCCCAUCAGCCCUUAGAAGUCAUGUGAAAAUUCACACAGGGGAAAAAACCUACAAAUGUUUAGACUGUGGGAGAGCAUUUGCUCAAUCAUGUUCCCUUAGAAGUCACAGCCGAAUCCAUACAGGAGAGAAGCCCUAUAAAUGCUCAGAGUGCGAUAAAUGUUUUUCUCAAAAAAAUACUCUUUUGAAACAUCAGCGAAUCCACACUGGAGAAAAACCAUAUAAAUGCCUGGAGUGUGGGAAAUGUUUUGCUCAAAAAUCACACCUUCUUACACAUCAGAAAAUCCACACUGGAGAGAAACCCUAUGAAUGUGAGGAGUGUGGGAAAUUUUUUCGUCGAAAAGCCCAUCUCAGACACCACGAGAAGAUUCACACAGGGGAGAAACCUUACACGUGUUGGGAAUGUGGGAAGAGCUUUUCUCGGAAUUCAUGUCUUUGCGCCCAUGAGAAGAUUCAUGGAGGAAUAAAACCUUACAAAUGCUUUGAGUGUGGAAAAUAUUUCACCCUGAGAACAUAUCUUCACAAUCAUCAGAAAACACACAGAGGGGAGAAAAAUGAAAAGUGCCUCGAUUGUGGAAAAUGUUUUAACUUGAAAUCAAAUCUGGUGCGACAUCAGAGAAUUCACACUGGAUAA